AUGACCACCCCGCUUCGCCCUCACGCCCGCCACUCUGUCCCUACCGCUCGUGCCUCGUCUCAUGUGCCCUCGACGUCCCCCGCUGCCGGUGCGACCGAGUCUUCGGCACGUGCCGUCGUGCCCGCGGCCGAGCCAGUGACCAGGACGUCAAACGGCGGCGGGGAGCAACAUCCCAGUCUCGGAAACACUUCCAAUGCUUCUCCCCGCACCCCUCGCACGCCAUCCAGCCCACGCUCCUUUGCUCAAGUUGCUGCGGCAAUUCCUGCCGCCGCCACUGCCGCAUCUUUGGCCCCUGUGACCGAGGAUUUGUCAGCAUCGGUGCCCUCUGAGCCAAAUGGCAGCGGGGAGCAGCAACCCUCGCCCAAGUCCAUAGGGCAGACACAUCAUUCGAUUCCCAACACACCAUCGGAUUUUUUGACCAUGUCUUCGGACGAAAGCGACUCCCCUCCUCGCUCCACCGCACUCCGCGCGCCCACCCCUAUCGCCCCUCCCGCGCAUGAUGGUGACGGUGACACAAACGGCAGUGCCACGCCUGAGCCAUUGGUGCAAUCACCUACACCCGCUCAAAUGGUGCUGCCAUAUCCAUCGGGUACACGACAAACCCAUUCCGAUCCCUCUCCGCCCUCUGCUUCACCCCCUGCCUCUGCCAUUUUGCCCGUUGCCGUUUCACAUCCUGUCGAACACAGUGAGCAUACAAACUCAGCCCCACUUGGCGAAGUCAGUGAGAGUGAAACACACAAUACAGCGGGCGAACACAGUGAGAGUGAGCAAGAUGUUCUUCUCAGCGAUCCCGCUCCGCCCAUCGCUGCCAACGUGCUGGAUGCCCAGCGCAAGGUCCUGCUAAAGACAUCUGGCCACAGGCAACUCCUCGCCUGCCCAUUUGGGCUUUGCAAAUGCAAGGGGCCCCGCCUUGACCGCAAAGCCUGGGUCAAUCAUGUACUACGCGAGCACCCCUACGACGAGCAAGCCACUGAUAUGGUCAAGCAGGUGAUGGAGGCCAAAUUGGUCGCCCAGUGCAACAAGUGUCACCUCUUCUUCGAAGCUACUGGUAUCAGUCAACACCGCUCCCGAUGUGGUGCCAAUCUGAAGCGAGCGACCGAGGUGUUGUUUCAUGCGGCUGGACACGACCUGCUUGAGAUUAUGCGUGGCGCUUGGCCCCAACAGUGUGUAGGGUCUCGCAUCAGUGUCUGCGAGCUGCUCAAGCUCGCCCGGCAUCCACUGAUGCAGCGCAGCCGCUACCCAUCCAACGCCACCGAGACCAAGCUGAUGGCUGCCACCCUGAGCCAGCUGUAUUGGUCUGCCGUCCACUCGGACUAUACCGCUGAAGAGCGAGAGAUGUGCUGGGCUUUGAUUUUGGCCUUGCCUAGCAUGUUGUUGUCUGCUCCCUCGACCGCACUGUCUACGAUUGACCUGCGCAAUAUGUUUCACGAUCGUCUCCGUUGGCUUGUGACGGGGCAACUAGGUCGGGUCGUGGACGCCAUGCGCAAGGCAGUCGCACGCAAGCAGAGCCGUCGAGGACAGCUGAACGCCGGCGCGGGCGCCCACCCGAACGACGCAGUCGACCAGAGCCUCAGGUCACUCGUCCGCGACCCGGACCUGGCGGACGAAGCCUGGGCAAACCACGUCACGAACCGUCUGAACCGAGGUGGAAACACACACACAGUGGAGACAGAGAAUGGACUAUCACACUGA